AUGGGGCUUGUGUUUGGGCUACUCUACUUCUCUGCCUGCACUGCUGCAGACAUCGUGGUGUUGAAAAGCACCUGGUGGCCAGAGCCGGAGGGGAUGGACCUGAGUUAUCAGGUGGUCACAUCUGUCCUGUUGGGGGCACUGAUUCUGUGUGCGAUCAUAGGAAAUGCCUUUGUGGUGGCAGCUAUUGCCCUGGAGCGCUCUCUGCAAACUGUGGCUAACUUCCUGAUCGGCUCUCUGGCAGUCACUGACUUGAUGGUGUCUGUACUGGUGUUACCCAUGGCUGCUCUGUACCAGGUGUUGGACCGCUGGACCUUGGGGCCGUUCGUCUGUCACGUAUUUGUGUCUUUAGACGUUUUGUGCUGCACAUCCUCCAUCCUGCAUCUGAGUGCCAUUGCCCUGGACCGAUACUGGGCCAUAGUCACACCCCUUCAUCACCUGCGACGCACCCGCCGCCGUGCUGUUGCCCUCAUUGGUACCACCUGGCUGGUCAGCUUUUCAGUCUCAGUGCCUCCUAUGCUGGUCAUGCGCAGCCAGCCACGGAGCUUGGCCCAUGACCGCGCCAACCCACGCCAGUGCCGCAUAUGGCAGGAACUCUGGUACACGGUGUACUCCACCUUCGGGGCCUUCUACAUCCCCCUGGCACUCAUGCUAGUGCUCUAUGGGCGAAUUUUCAAGGCAGCACGCUUCCGCAUUCGCAGGAGCACACACAAAGUUGAGAAGAACAAGGUGUCAGACUCCCGGCCUGCCCCUUCGCCCGAGUUGAUGCCGUCACAUUGCAUACGGAGCUGCAGCCGCGUGGAGCCGCUCAACAGCACAGUGCCCCCUGCUGAUGAGGAGUCUCUGGAGAUUGUGGAGGUGGUGAGCUCCAAACUCCACCCCCUGCCUUUCCACAGCCCCCGCCCACUGUUUCAGUCCCACAGUCAGAGCAGUGAGGCCGAGAGGAAGCUGGCCCUGGCCCGAGAAAGGAAAGCUGUCAAGACCCUAGGCGUGAUCAUAGGCACCUUCAUCCUGUGCUGGCUGCCCUUCUUCAUCGUGGCCCUGGUCAUGCCCUUUUGCCAGCACUGCUCCAUGCCCCGCUGGCUGCAUGACGUCAUCAACUGGCUGGGCUACUCUAACUCUCUGCUUAACCCCCUCAUCUACGCCUUCUGCAACAAGGAUUUCAGGCGCGCCUUCAGCAAGAUCAUGCACUGCCGCUACUGUGCGCCCUGA